AUAUGUUUUAAUAUAAAAAAUAUUUCAAUACACAAUUAAAGCAAUUGAAUAGUUCGUAACUAUGAGUGAUAAUUAUAUCAAUUUUUUUACGAUUGUGGAAAGGUCUGUUUGCUACAUCACAAUUUCCUUUAGUCCUUAUUAAUUUAUCAAUUUUAAUAUGCCGUGUGAAAACACGGCAUCUUAACGUAAUACCGAAGUCUCACUGGGUUCUAUCUUUCUCUCUCGUACAAACACGAUUGCCAAUGGCGCUACCUCACUCGCACCACACAUAGCCACACAGUCACCAUGGCUGUCAGUAUAAUACUCCGUCUGAAAGUGCGAAAGAGAUAAUGACUUUGCCUCCUUGUGUACGAAAAUUUAUGUUAGUUUCACGAAAGAAAACAAAAACAACCAUUGAGGUCCUGGAAGAUUUAGAUGCAAAGACCAAAGACAUAGAAGAAUAUGGACAAAGUACAGAAACGAGGCAUAAAAAGAUUUUUGGAAGACUCGUCAUUUAUAGUGUUGCUCUUUAUAUUGUGGUAUCACUUAUUUUCUAUUUCAUCUUUUUCCCAGCAGCUUUAUACGAUCAAAUAUUCUACAUGACGCCACUUCUGUUAUUCCCUUUUCUGUAAGUCAUUCAUAACAAUGGUCCGUUUACUGUUUC